AUGCGUCUUUCCCUUGCGUGCCCUAUUCCAGGCCCCUUGUUUCUCCUAGCCAUAGGGACACUGGGAGCCGUGGCACACGAACCGGACUACUCCCAAUAUGUAAACGUCUUCAUCGGCUCAGAAGGUCCCUUUGAGGGAAAAGCCUUUGGGGGAGGCGACAUCUUUGUCGGCGGUGCUCGACCCUUUGGAGUGGCCAAGGUCGGAGUGGACACGACUGCAGCGAAUUGGAGUAUGGCCGUGUUGAACGGCGGAUGGACACCAGAUGGGAACGUCACCGCGAUCACUAUGAUGCACGAGAGUGGCACCGGGGGUGCACCCAAAUAUGGGAUCAUUCCGCAAAUGCCUCUCACAUCGGUGGCUCCGCCGGUGAAUAUCCUCGACAAUCUCACAUACAGCCAGCCUAGGGUUGGCAAAGACAAAGGAAGCGUGGGAUACUACCAGACCCAGCUGCAAAAUGGCGUCCAGGUGGAGCUGUCGGCCUCUCGCCACGCCGGAAUCAUGCAAUAUUCGUUCCCUCCAGGUGAAAAGCAUAUAUUAGUGGACGUGUCUCAUUAUCUCCCCGGAUCCCCCACGGAUCCAAAUAGCCAGUUCUAUAUCGGGGGCGAGAUUCAAGUGGAAGAUGAUGGUCAAGCGUACAGUGGGUAUGGAACAUACAUUGGUGGUUGGAACAAUGGCGCUCCAUUUACCGUAUACUUCUACGGGGAGUUCUCAGAAAAACCUAAUAGCUCGCGUACUUUCCGAGGGAAGAACACGGAUCCCAUGAGGCAAUAUCAGACACUUGCGAAUGGAGGUGUCAGUCAGCCAGUAUAUGGCAAUUCCUCCGAGAAAGUCAGCUCAGGGCCCAUGAAUGACAGGGUGGGCGCACUUUUCAGCUGGGGUUUUGAGCCAGAGACGCAGGUGCGCUCCAGAGUGGGCAUAUCGUUCAUCUCGCCUGACAAGGCACGGUCCUACAUUCGUUCUCUCUACUUCAUCCACCUGAUGCCUUCGGACCGUACGGGCGAAAACCCGCUCUGGGAGUCAGAUGAGCCAUCCUGGGAUGACUUCUACACGCUUUGGGACAUAUUUCGCUGCACGGUCAGCUUUUACCAUAUCUUUCAGCCCACCUAUUAUGAAUCAAUGAUUCGCGGGCUGAUAGAUAUAUGGAGACACCAAGGCUUCCUCCCGGACGGUCGGUCAGGAAACUGGAAUGGGUUGGUUCAGGGAGGAUCAGAUGCGGACAACAUGCUCGCCGACGCAUAUGUCAAAGGCAUGCGCGGCGCAAUCAACUGGACCGACGGCUAUGCAGCGAUGAAGACGGACGCCGAGGUCAUUCCCUACAACACCUACGACCCAACGGACUUCUCCGCCAGCACCAAGGAGGGCCGUGGGGCGCUUGGGGACUGGCUGGAGCUGGGAUAUGUCUCCCAAGACAGAAACACGCGGUGCAUUUCACGGACAGUAGAGUACAGUCUUAAUGAUUUUGCCCUGAGCCAGGUGGCGGCCGGGGAAAUGCCAGGCGAUCGAGAAAAGUAUCUGAAUCGCUCUGCAGGUUGGCAGAAGAUCUGGGAUGCCCAGGUCGAGAGCUUGAACUUCACUGGGUUCUUGGCCCCCAGGCUUUCCAACGGGACUUUUAACAGCAGUGGAUACGAUCCGCGCUAUUGCUAUGACUGCGAGUGGCAUUCGUAUACCGGAAGUACAUUGCUAACUGAGACAGAGUAUUCGUUUGUGAUUCCCCAUGAUAUGGAAUCGUUGAUUGAAUUCAUGGGCGGGUCCGCUACUUUUGAAUCCCGUCUUGAUCUGAUGUUCAAACCCAACAUGUCUGUUCAAGGUCUCGACGCAAAUGGUGCCGGUAUUACGACUCUCAUGAAUAUCGGAAACGAGCCCGAUUUUGCUACUCCGUAUCUGUACAACUACAUCAAUAAACAAGCAAAAAGCGUGCAGAUGUCCCGGGGCCUUGGCUAUCAAUAUUUCAAAGAUGCUCCGUACGGAAUCCCAGGCAACAGCGAUGCAGGGGCAAUGAACACAUGGCUCCUCUGGCAGAUGCUCGGAAUCUACCCUGUUGUUACUCAGCCGGUGUACCUUAUUUCGUCCCCAUGGUUCCCAGACCUCAACAUGACGAUCAACGGGAACAAGACGCUGCGAAUCACCGCACAGGGUCUCGACCAGGGCUAUUACGUUCAAAGUAUCAAGAUCAACGGACAGCCUUGGUCGAAGAACUGGUUCGAACAUGAGGACAUUAUGGUGCAGGGGGGGCUGAUUGAGUUUGAACUGGGGCCAGACAUGAAGGCGUGGGAGACGGGCAGCGUACCGCCGUCGCCGGGGCAUGUGAAACUGUAG